UCGCACCUUAAGCUUGUGCCACUUUGUGCUGGUUGUCUUCGAUGUUCCCCAACUUUUCGAUAGCAUUACUAGGGGGUUGAAGCCGAUCUCUUCGGCGAUUCCACGACAUUGACCGUUUUUCACCGUUGCAAACCUGCAGUAUGCUGGUAGCUAAUCAAACUCAGCCUGAGUUCAGACCGCAGUGUCCUGCAAGUAGGCUUAGUUGGCGCAAUCCGAUUCAUCGGUCACAAUAAAUGAAUCAGCAAGAAAACCAUCAUAUAUAUAUAUGACAACGAAUGGAUGCUUCAGGUCGAGAUCCCAGAGCAAACACUGAUUCACAAAUGGCUAUUCGAGUAUCUUGCCUUCUCAAGAAACGCCCUGAAAUGACUUUAGAGCAGUUCAGCGCGUACUGGAACGGACAUGGAAACCUCUUCACUUCUCAAAAGGCGACAAAGGACAACGUAAUCCGUUACAACCAGUUCCGUCUUGCUCCUCAACACAGCGAGAAGUUGGCCGCUGCCGGAUUCCCGAUUGCCCCGUACGAUGGUAUUGCAGACGUUUACGUUGAUAAGCUCGAAGACUUGUUCGCCCUCUUCGCUGACGAAGACGUGAAGAAGAAUGUCCUUCCUGACGAGGCAAACUUCCUCGAUAAGUCGCAGAUUCAAGCCGUUCUUGUGGGCGAAAAUAACAUUAAAUGGGAGAAACCUCAAGCUUAGUACAUUAUCGGAACAAUGCA